CCAUCUCUCUCAUCGGUUUAUAUAUCAGAGAGAGAGAGAGAGAGAGAGAGAGAGAGAGAGAUAUGGAAGAACUGGGGAGUUCAGAUCAGAAGGCUUCAGGCAAGAGAGAGAGAGAAGAGUUUCAUGUAGCUCUCAAGAUCCCUUCUGGUGAUACUCCAUACGUUAGAGCCAAGCAUGCUCAGCUAGUUCAGAAAGACCCGGAAGCGGCGAUCGUGUUGUUCUGGAAGGCGAUAAACGCAGGAGAUAGGGUGGACAGCGCGUUGAAGGACAUGGCGGUCGUGAUGAAGCAACUCGAUAGGAGCGAAGAAGCCAUCGAAGCCGUCAAGUCCUUUCGCGGCCUUUGCUCCAGGCAGUCCCAAGAGUCGCUCGAUAACGUCCUCAUCGACUUGUUCAAGAAAUGUGGUGAAGUGGAGGAGCAAAUAGAGCUGCUGAAGAGGAAGCUGAGGCAGAUAUACCAAGGCGAGAUCUUCAACGGGAAGCCCACCAAGACCGCCCGAUCUCAUGGCAAGAAAUUUCAGGUCUCUGUUAAGCAAGAGACCUCCCGGUUAUUGGGAAAUUUGGGAUGGGCCUACAUGCAGAAGCCCAACUACAUGGCAGCUGAAGUGGUGUAUAAGAAAGCCCAAAUGAUCGAUCCGGAUGCCAAUAAGGCCUGCAACCUCAGCCUGUGUCUCAUCAAACAAGGCCGGCACGACGAGGCGUGCGCCAUUCUCGACGACGUUUUGCGAGGCAAGAUUCCGGGCUCCAAUGAUCACAAGCCGAGGAGGAGAGCCGAGGAAUUGCUAUUAGAGGUGAGGUCAAGGCGACCGCAGCCCGAUAUCUCGGAUCUGUUGGGCCUGGACAUCGACGACGACUUCGUCAAGGGGAUCGAGAAGUUGAUGAAUGAGUGGGCUCCGUCCAGGUCCAAGAGACUACCGAUUUUCGAAGAGAUUUCUUCAUUUAGGGAUCAGUUGACAUGUUAAUAGGACAUUUGCGCGAGCACUCUCUCGUAUUGGGGUGGGUCUGAAAUAGGGCAUAGAGGAAAGUAGGACUUGAGUUCAUAUGUUGUCUGUGAAUAUGUCGGUCUGGUCAAGGGAAUGUAUCUGAUUGCUGAUAAGGCAUGUCAAAGCAGAAUUAGCAAGUGGAAACCCAAUAGCUUAUUGGCCUUGUUAUUUUUGCUGAAUAAGUAAGUGCACAAAAUGGAUUGCAAUU